AUGAAAAAUCAAUAAUCUAACUCCAAAUAAAAUGGGACUAUCUCUCUACCACAUAUUUAUUCAAAUAACCAGAAAUCAUUUAGCUCACAUACUUUACAAAAUAAUGGUUAUACUAUAAAUAAUAGUAUUAAUACAAGUUAAAACAUAAGUAGCUUAUAAAAUUUGAAUUCAACAUACUAAUAGGCUAUGAAGAGCAAGAGCCCUAGCUGUAAAAAUAUUUUUGGAGAAGCCUUCACAAAAAAGAAGAUACCAAUUAGCUCACUUUCUGUGACAAAGUAUCAGCAGCUAUUAGCUGUUUAAGAAAAUGACCCAAAACAUCCAGAUAUAACUUUACAUAUUCCAGUUGACUCAAAUGAGACAUAAAAUUAUAUAAAAUCACAGUAAUUGAGCUAGUUAGUAGAUCCUAAUAAAAAAUAAUAAAAACGCAAAUCGCAGUACAUAUCUGAAAGUUUUAAUGAUCUUGAACACUCAAAAUUCAUUCCAUUUAAAAACAGCAAAGAGAUAAAUAAGCAAUAAUUUAUUAAGCUUCACUAAGAAAAUCCCUCAUUUUAGAAUUUAGAUUUUCAUGAACUGUUUGUGAUGACAGGUGAAAAAAUGUAAACUACAGAAUAGUAAUAAAAACUUUAGAAAAAAAUCAACUAGCAAUUAAAAAGUGAUUAAAACAACGAGGAAUCAAGCAGUAGCGAUGAAGAUAACGAUUAUGGAAUCAAUUUUUAGAAUGGAUUUAGGCGCAUACGUAAUGGAAAAUAAGUGAGUAGUUCCCAAUCACUAGGAUAAAGACCGCUUAAUAAAAUAGAAUUAUCUCUAAUUCAUAACAAAGAUAUUCACCACUAACUUAAUAGAAACCUUUUGUUUGAAUCUUGGAAUAGCUAUUCAGAUGUGCAACAAAGAAUAAAAGAGCAGCAAGAUGUCUUAAAGAAGAUGCCUAAAAUAAGGUAGUAUCCAAUAUUUAAAAAUAAAAAAUUGACAUCGAUACAGGGUACUAUAGAAGGAGCAUAAAAUAAUAAUGAAGAGAGUAAAGAAAAUAACUAGCCUAGCACAAAUAGAGCUAUUGGGUCAACUAAAUAGAUUAAUGUAAAAAAUGCAAACAACAACAAUGGGACUAGUUCAAAUCAAUAAAAUAGUGAACCUGACCCAUUAAAUAAUAAAUUUAAUGAAGAAGAUGAUAAAAAAGUAAGAUUUUUAAACUCUGUUUCUGGAAACUAUUCUGUUUAUUGGUAUUCUUUUGAAUAAAACCACUGGAAACCAGACAUUAGAGAGUGUUAAAGCUUGAUUGUAGAAGGUAAAAAAGGCUAUUUAUUUGGUGGAGUAGGAAAGGAAUUAUACAAUACAAUAGUCGAGCUUGAUUUAGAAACAUUUAAAUGGCAGGAAGUUAAAACAAGCUAAAUGAGUGGUAACAUACCAUCUGCUAGGUUUGGACAUUCUUGUCACUUAUACAAAAAAAAUUUAAUAUUUUUUGGUGGAGAAUAUAGACAGACCUAGAACUAAAUUAAGUUUAGAGAUUGCUUACUAGAUGUUUAUUCAUAUAAUUUGGAAACAAGAGCAUGGAAAUAUAUUACUUGUACUGGAGGUCCUCUCUAACCUCGUAGAAAUCAUGCUUCUUGUAUAAUUGGGCGAAAUCUUUUAGUUCAUGGAGGAGUGAACAACAAGGAUCAAUCAUUAAGAGACAUGUGGUUUUUAGAUUUAGGUACAUAAACAUGGAGUGAGGCUGUAGUUAAUGGAGAAUUCGAAUCAUCUUAUCAUAAAUGUGUUCCUGUUUAUCACAGCUAAAGGUGUGGAAAAAUAAAUAUUUACAAAUCAGCAGAGCUGAAAGUAACUAAAUGGGGUGCAUCUAUUUAACAAGAAGGUGUCUAUUUCUUUGGUGGUAAAAAUACAAAAGGAGAGAUCUUAGGAGAUUUAAAAAUUUUAAGGACUGAUAUCAAGCCUAUGCAGUGGAUUAAGCCAGAAACAAAAGGCAUUGGACCUAAAAAUAGAUAUGGUCAUACUAUGGAAUUUUCUUAAGAAUUUAACUUUGUUAUAAUUCAUGGUGGUAAAAAUGACAAUGAACUCGAAGUUUAUUUUAGUGAUCUUUUCCUAUUUAACGUUGAUGAUUUUAAUUGGAUCAAAAUUUAAGUUAAUGGCAGAUAACCAUAUGCAAGAUUCAACCAUUCAUCAAGUGUUUAUGAAUCAAAGUUAGUUGUUUUUGGCGGUAUCAACCUUGAUGGAUUUUUAUAGCCUCAUGUAAGUGUCUUGGAGUUAGACAAUGUAAUUGCAGGGAAAAUGUAGGAAAGAGAAGAUUCAUAAUUAAUUCAUUAAUUUUCAGGUAUGAGAUAAAGCAAUGCAGAUGAUAAGGAUAAUAAAAAAUCUAAUAAAAAUAAUUCUCAUAAUAUUAAAUUUGAAUAUAUUCCCUUCUCUGAAAGAAUUAAGGAGUUAGAAAGUGAAUUGGAUGAAUAAAAAAUUUUAGUUAACUAAUUGAGCUUUCACAACUUUAAAUCUUUUUUACCAAUACCUAGAUUCCCUACCUAACCAUACUCACGUGUGCCUAAUAAACGUAAUACGUUUUUGAAGCAAAAUAUAAAUGUAGAUACUUAGUCAAAUACUUAGAUAAAAACACCUACAAACGAAAAUAAAUAAAAAAUAUCUUACGAAUGA